AUUGAGAACCGAACCGAAUCGAUUCUGAUUUCGCCAAUCUGAUUGGAAAAGGGAUUCUUUUCGUCUGUGUCGUCUAAGCUCUCUAAAAGGACAUAUCAGGGUGGAACGGUAUUUAAAGAGCCGAUUUAUCAUUUCAGGACGCGUGAUCCAGGUUCGGUGCUGACCCGGAGCAGCGAAGACAAACAAGGGACAAAAUAUCUCAUAGCCUCGCCGCUAACAACUAAUUUCAAAGCGAAUCGCGUGGUUUUGGGCAGGGAUUUAUUAAGCGUGGAUCUACAUAGCGAUACCGCAUGCUUCACAUCUAGUAGAAAAUAGAUAUCGGAAAAAGGCCAGCGGAGAAAGGCGGGUUCGGGAUAUCAAGGCCUCGGAGGUCCUUCAGUCCUCGGACUACAGUAGGGCGCGGAGCUGGCGUCCCCCAGCGACACAGCAGUCACCAAGCGCUGGCGAGGGUCGGGGAUUUGGCUGUGGCCUAGCGCUGAGAUGUCUGGCUGAGACGGAAAGGGCGAGACGGGAGACCCGAGGAGGAGAACGGUCGAAGAAAAGACAUCCAAUAAAACGGAAAGCGGGAGAAAAGACUCCAUCAAUACAGCCAUGAUGGAGGAAUUGCACAGCUUGGAUCCUCGAAGGCAAGAGCUGCUGGAGGCCCGUUUCACAGGAGUCGGAGUUGCCAAGGGAUCUGGACACAACGAGUCCUCCAACCAGAGCUUGUGUAGUGUGGGCUCUCUCAGUGACAAAGAAUUGGAGACCCCAGAGAAGAAAUCUAAUGACCAGAGGACACGUAAAAGGAAAGGAGACCCCUUUGACAGCCAGGGCAAAGGAGGAGGAAGAGGACACAAAAUUAGUGAUUAUUUUGAGUUUGCAGGCGGUAGUGGUACAGGUACCAGUCCAGCUCGUGGCAUUCCUCCAGUGGCGCGCUCCUCUCCUCAGCACUCUCUAUCUAAUCCUCCUGCUGCCGUGCAGCAAGGAAGCCCCUCCUCCAUCAGUUCAGUAAACACAGACCACUCCCACACCUCCACCUCCCACAAGCCAGCCUCAAUACACACUCAGCACCGAGCUUCACAGUCUGAGCUGACUAUGGAGAAAUUAGCAGCGCUGGAGAGCAGUAAGAGUUCAGAUCUGGAGAAGAAAGAAGGACGUAUCGAUGACCUGCUCAGGGUGAACUGUGACCUGCGCAGACAGAUCGAUGAGCAGCAGAAGAUGCUGGAGUGGUGUAAAGAACGCCUCAAUAAAUGUGUGACCAUGAGUAAGAAACUGCUUAUCGAAAAGUCCAAACAGGAGAAAAUUGCUUGCAGAGAAAAGAGCAUGCAGGACCGACUACGACUUGGUCAUUUCACCACUGUACGACACGGAGCCUCAUUUACAGAGCAGUGGACGGAUGGAUAUGCGUUUCAGAAUCUAGUCAAACAACAGGAGAGAGUCAACGGGCAGAGGGAGGAAAUAGAGAGACAGAGAAAACUGCUAAUAAAAAAGAAACCACCCAGCGCCAGUCAGACUCCUCCUCCUAAUCUAGAACCCAACAAACGCAAAAGCAAGAGCAACGGCGCCGAGAAUGAAAUGUUGUCUCUAGCAGAGUACCACGAGCAAGAAGAAAUUUUCAAACUGAGACUUGGCCACCUAAAGAAGGAGGAAGCCGAGAUCCAGGUGGAACUGGAGCGGUUGGAGCGUGUGCGUAAUCUUCACAUCCGCGAGCUCAAGAGAAUCCACAAUGAAGAUAACUCCCAGUUUAAAGAUCAUCCUACGCUAAAUGACCGUUACCUGCUCUUGCAUCUGCUCGGACGAGGAGGCUUCAGUGAGGUCUACAAGGCCUUCGACUUAACUGAGCAGAGGUACGUGGCUGUGAAGAUUCACCAGCUUAAUAAGAACUGGAGAGACGAGAAGAAAGAAAACUACCACAAGCAUGCCUGUCGAGAAUAUAGAAUCCAUAAAGAGCUGGACCAUCCCAGAAUAGUCAAACUGUAUGACUACUUUUCCCUGGAUACUGACUCAUUCUGCACUGUUCUGGAGUACUGCGAGGGAAACGAUCUGGAUUUCUACCUGAAGCAGCACAAGUUAAUGUCAGAAAAAGAGGCCCGGUCCAUCAUAAUGCAGGUCGUCAAUGCCCUCAAGUACCUAAAUGAAAUCCGCCCGCCGAUCAUCCAUUACGACCUCAAACCAGGUAACAUCCUGCUGGUGAAUGGCACAGCAUGUGGAGAGAUAAAGAUCACAGACUUUGGGCUGUCCAAGAUCAUGGAUGAUGACAACUAUGGCGUGGAUGGCAUGGAGUUGACGUCACAAGGGGCAGGGACAUACUGGUAUCUUCCUCCAGAGUGCUUUGUGGUUGGAAAAGAGCCACCUAAGAUCUCCAACAAAGUGGAUGUUUGGUCAGUUGGAGUUAUCUUUUACCAGUGCCUCUAUGGAAAGAAGCCGUUCGGUCAUAAUCAGUCCCAGCAGGACAUCCUUCAGGAGAACACUAUUCUCAAAGCCACAGAGGUGCAGUUUCCUCCCAAACCAGGAGUCUCGCCUGAGGCUAAGGCCUUCAUCCGCAGAUGUCUGGUGUACCGUAAGGAGGACCGUAUUGAUGUUCACCAGCUGGCCAGUGACCCCUACCUCCUCCCGCACAUACGCAAGUCCGUGGCGGCCACGGGUAACUCCAGCAUGGCCGUGGCCUCCACCUCCAACUCCUCCAACAGCAGCGCCUCAAACUGAGAGCCCCGCCCAUCCUUGCUUGUUCUGAUUGGAGCAGAGCGCGUGAGGUGUUUUGCCCCACCCCUCUCUGCAGUGCAUCGGAAGGGGGUCGAACCCCUUACCUGCCAACUGAGGGAGCAGGAGGAACUGGGUAAGAGAGGGAUGGAGAUAAGACGCAUCCCCCUCCACCCUUCUUCCUCUCCCAGGCAUCUGGAAGGUUUUUAUUUCUUUUAUUUCUCAUUCUCGGAUGGAAGGGGACUAAAGGCGCCCCGCAUCGAGUGAGCCAGAGGGAUUCAAUAUAAGGCUGUAUUAUCUGUGAGAAGGACCGAAGUGCAGCAGCUCAGACUGGAGGAAGAGACUGGUAUAUGCCCUGCACCCCACACAUGCACACACACACACACACACACACAUUUAUAAUGAGGCCAGCUUGAUUUUUCUUACAGUAAUGGGACGAGUCCAUUUAUACUAAUGUGCAUUCAAGUGUACAAUAUUCCUAAAGAAUCUUUAGAUGACACAAAGCCCGUCCCGGUUUUCCUUCCUUGCUCGCUCUUAUUUUUAUUAUUAUUAUUAUAUUUUCCACCUCUGGAAUGGAUCUAUGAACUUUUGGAAGCAAUACUGUCAAUGGGGUUCUUUUCAGUGAUUUCAAUGGAGUUUUAAACCCUAGUUUUAAAUGCCUUUCUGAACUGCCAUCAGAUCAUUUAAUAAAUGCAGCAGGACCUGUAGGUUAGCUGAUCUUCAGUGCUGGGAUUCAGAUGUUUGCUCUGGAGCCCCAAAUGUUUGUCUGUUUAUGUCCUGCUCACUUCCGCCCCUGUUUAAUGACCAAAGCUGAGCUCCACCAAUAGGUGGUGCUGUUUGACUUGAGUGUUUCUUUUUUUUUUUGUUUUUUUUUUUUGCUGUAAUUAAAAUGUUUUUUGUUUUUUAGCAAGCUUAUUCUUUGUAGAUUUAGCGACACUAACCCAUGCCCCUUCCUUGCCCCAAGUCUGUUCUUGUUUCUUAUUGUGUCUUUGGACAGAAUCUAAUGCUGAAAAAUGAGAUGAUGAGAUUUUAUUUUUCAUCGAAUUUAAAAGUGUUGUGCCUCACCUAGAAACACAGACACCAAUGCGUUCAGAAAUCACACACAGUCAUAUAUGUUUAGGUCUGGUGAUACGGCUGAUUUGCCUGAUCCUGUUUUACUGUUUGUGGGGAAGGAAGGAACUCUCUCUAGGGGGCGGAGAUAGUGCAGGGGUACAGGGCAGAGUGCGGAGCGACCAUUAAAUGCUAUUGGUUAUUAA